AGACCCUCCUGGCUACGCUCCUGAUUCAACCCAAAAGCUAGCCAAAUUAAUAAAAUCAAAAAUGUGAAUUUUAUUAUCAAAAAAUUUCUCUGAACCGUAAAGAAAGUCAAUAAACUCAAACAAUAGCAAAUUGCAGAAACAAAUGAGAAGAGAACAAAUGACUUCCUUAUCAAGUGACCUACUCAUUUGACUCAGAUGUUCGGAAAUGCGUUAUAGAUUUAUUGCAUGUGCAAGAAUGUAGGAAUAAUAUUUCAUAUGACAACUUCAGUCGUCAUUUUAAAAUCGAUGCAGUCGGAAGAAUAUUUUAAUUCUGUGGAAAGUGAAUAAGAAGGAUCAAUAAAAUGAGAAACUCAAGCAACCCACUUAUCCUUCCGGGCAGCAAUGCAUCUGAGGAUUACGAGGAAUUUGAAAUGUUUUACGAAUAUUUUGACAAAAGACCGAUUAAGAGGUUUUCCUACAUUACAAUCAUGGUUACAGUCACGAUACUUGGAAUUCUGCUGAAUUCACUGAUCGUCUUCAUGAAGUUAAGGAAGUUCAAGGAAAGAAGCAUCUUUGAAUGGCUUGCAACUUGCAUUGCAUUUGGAUUAAUUUUCAAUUCUGUCAAAUAUUUUCUAUUGAUGCUGUCAAUUGUGACUCAUGAAAUCACAAAUAGCUUUACAUGCUAUGCAGAGCAUGUUUCUGGAGAUUUUUCAGAUCCAAUGAUCAUUUAUUCAGCUGUUGUACUGAUGAUUGUUACGAAGUUUAAUCCACAAAUCAGUAAAACUCGAGGAUUCCUACUUAUUCUUUUAAUCUGGAUUUUCGUGUUAUUUCUGUCAUAUCCAUUUUAUAGGAUCACGACUAUUCAAACUUAUAUUAUUGGCAAGACAACUGUUCACAAUAUUUGCAUACAAUUUUACCCAGGACAACAUUGGAAGAGCAUAAUAAACCGAUCAUCAACUAAAUUGUACCUUGAAUUCAUAAUUCCAUCAAUUAUCAUUGCCGUCUACUUCCUUGUAACUUUAUUAUUCCAAACACCAAAAGUGAUUAAGUAUUUAGGAAUAUGGACUUAUGUGGUGAUCAUUUCAACAUACUUUUGUCUCACAUCAAUUCCAGUGAAGCUUAACAUGCUGUUUUUUCACAAUCAAGGUGUCUCUUACAUGAAAUAUUCUUAUGUGUACCUUAAUUCUCUCUUUAUGGCUAUGAUAUUAGUAAUAAGUCCAUUGGUUUAUUUCUGUUGCAAUCAAAAGUUUUAUGAAGAAAUUCGGAAGUAUUUUAAAUUUGAAAGAAGAAAUGAGAAUGAAUUUCAUGAAAUAUUUGGUGAUGAACGAAUUAUUAUGACUGUUUGA